AUGUCAGAAAUAAAAAUUAGUCCAGAAGUAAACGAAAUCAAAGAAAAAAUAAAAAGUUUAAAUAUUGGUCAAGUUAGCGAAUUGGUUGAAAGUUUAAAAGUAGAUUAUAAUAUCCAAGAGACCGCCAUAGUUCAGCCGACAGCCGGAACCCAAGCCGCCGAAAAAGUUGAGGAAAAAGGUGGUAAUGUAGCCGUUAAAUGGGUAAAAAUGGAAAAGGAAGGAGCAAGUAUAGUGCCACUUUUAGGAGAUAUAGUAGAGGUUGUGAAAGAGUUAAAAGGAGAAGACAUUACUAAACUUCAAGCCAAGAAACUAGCAGAAGGAGGAGAAAAAAUUGUUCUAGCAGAUAUUCCACGGGACAAAGCCGAAGCAUUCCAAAAGAAAAUGAAAGAAAAAGGGGCCAUAUAUUUAACUGUCAAUCGUUCACCCCUUUUUCAAGGCCUUCCAGAAAGGGAUUACGCCCGCGAACAAAAAAAAUCUUAUGAUAAUUUUCGGCAUGAAAGAUUGCCAAAAUUAUUAACUUUUUAUUUUCCGGCUGAGUUUAAUGACUAUAAUAAUAAUAUUAAGAUAAGUGCUGAGAAUCUUGUUUAUCAAGAACCUACAAUUGAAAAAAAUGGCAAAGUGAUAACCGAAACCGAGGGACAAGCCCGGGCCGAGGAUUGUCACAAAAUGCAAAUUCAACCGGUGGUUAAGGACAUGAAAGAAGAGAAAGAGUUGCCUAAUCUAAAUUGUCAUAUAAAAGAUGGAUUUAAAAUUGGAAAAUUCUCUAGUGAAAAAAAGUCUUUUUCGGCCAAGGAAUUAAAAUCUUUGUUAACCCAAACCCAAAAACAGUUACAAGAGUUAGAAUUAACGAAUCAGGAGCCAACUGGGGACUCCGAAAAACCCAUUAUCUGGCAAAUAAAAGAGAAUAAGAGUAAAAAAACUGAGAAAAAGUUGGAAUUGCUUCUAGAAGUCUUAGAAGUGGAAGAAGAACAAAUAACCAUCAGUUUUCGUUGCGAACAGGAACAAAAAAUCGAAUUUUGUCAUUUGCCAAAAAUGAACCCGCAAGGAAAUUUCAUUAUUAACGGUCAUGACAAGGUGGUAGUUUUUCAGUCUGUCCGUGCCCCUUCGGCCAUUGAAUUAAAAUUUCUUAAUUCGGGCCUGGUGGUCGACUGGCUAGAUGUCUUAAAAACUUUUGCCGUUUCUCCUGAACUUCUUCGAAUCCUAUUUGACGAGGAAGAUCUAAACCUAGACAAUUACUCCGAAGCCCAAGAGUUAGAAAUCGGAGCAGGCCGAACCGGUUUGCCACACUUUUUAUUUACUAGUAGCAAAGGCAAUUCUUAUUUUAAUAUCGGAAAGUUGGGACGCCGAAGAUAUAACCAAAGAAUAGAUAUUAUUCAACAAUUAAAAGAUCAAAAAUUAGCAGAGGACUUGCUGGAUAAAAACGGGCAAGUGAUUCUAAAAAAAAACGCUAUUUUUAGCGAAAAAAAUUUGGAAAAAUUAGCGAAUGCUCUCCAAAAGAAAAAAAUGAAUAGUUUUUCUGUUCCGCAUUCGACUAAUGACUUAUAUAUUGUUAAAAUAAAAUCUCCGCGUCAGCCGGAAAAAGUUAUCUCAGUGAUAGGAAUCAGCGAAAAAUUGCCGGAGGAAAAAACCUUUUUUGACCUGGCAGACUUGAUUUGCGCUGUUUCUUAUUAUAUCAAUUUGCACCAUGGCUUAGGUGAAACUGAAAAAAAAGAGGAUGAGGACAAAUUAGAAAACCAGAUUAUUCGGAGGGUUGGUGACCUAGUUUACAACAUUUUUGACAAUAAAUUAGGAGGAUUUUUGCAAGAGAUUAGUGAUAAGUACUUAACUAAUUACCUUUCCCAACUAAAAAAAGUUGAUUUUGCCAAAAUACCUAAUUUAAAAGAUUUUGACAAUCUUAUUAGGCAUUUUUUUAAUACUUCGGCUUUGGUUCGCUUACAAAACCAAAAUAAUUCCUUGGCAGUUAUUUCUGACGGGUUAGUAUCCAGUGUAAUGGGAUUGGGAGGCCGUAAUGCGGUUAAUGCUACCUUGGCUGCUCGUAAUGUCGAUGCUUCUUUUAUCGGUCGUUAUGACCCGAACGAAACUCCCGAAGGUCGCAAUACUGGUUUGGUGCGUCGAAUAACUACCGGUGCUGAAAUAAAUGAGGACAGACAAAUAACGACUCCUUAUUUUCCCGUUAAGAAUGGAGUAAUUAUGCCCGAUUUGGUUUACUUAACCAGCAAAGAAGAAAAAGACAAAUAUAUCGCCCAUUUCAACACUAAAAUUGACGAAAAAAAUAGAAUUGUUGAGGAAACCGUAAUGGCUAUGUAUCAAGAAAAUUUUGUUCGUGUGUCCAAGGAAAAAAUAAACCUCAUUUACAGUUCUUUUUAUCAUUUAAGUUCCGUGACCGGCGCCACUAUUCCUUUUUUUCACCACAAUGACGCUACUCGUAUGCUGAUGGCAAUCAAUAUGCAACGGCAAGCCGUAGCUUGCUUGAAGAAUGAAGAACCCUUAGUCGCUAGCGGCAUUGAGGCCAGCCUGCUCGAAAAUUCUCCUUUGACAGUUAAGGCUGAAGAAAAAGGAAUAGUGGAAUAUGUUGACAGCCAACAAAUUAUCAUCCAAGAAAAAAAUAGAAAGAAAAAAAUUUAUCCUUUAGAACAAUUAGUAGUUUCCAACAAAAAUACUUUGGGAUUUUCUUUGCCGCUAGUAAAAAAAGGCGAGUCAGUCUCCAAAGGACAAAUGCUGGCUUGCGGAAACCAAGCCAGCAACGGCGAAUUAUCUUUAGGAUGUAAUUUAAGAGUGGCUUAUUUUGAAAGAUUAGUCAAAGAAGAUAUUUUAACCUCUUUUUUUGUCAAAAAACACACUAUUAUUCGCCAUAACACUAAAUAUGGUCCAGAAAUAUUUACUUCUUCUCUGCCCCAUGCUGGAAAGAAGCAGCACCCGCAAUUAGGGAAAAACGGCAUCGUAAAAAUCGGCAGCCGGGUUAAAGGUAAUGAUAUCUUGAUAGGAAAAAUAACUCCUGAACCUAGCCCCCAUAAGGAGAAUGAGGAGGAAUUAUUGCUAAUGAGUAUUUUGGGGGAAAAGACUCGGCGUUUCGUUAAUUCUUCUCUCCGUUUGCCCGCCGAAGAAGCUGGAAUAGUCUAUCAAGUUAGAAGAAAAAAGAUUUCUAAAAAUAAGAAAGACAAGGAUUUAGAGUUAGUAGAAGUUUUUGUGUCCCAAAAAAGAAAAAUUGAGGUGGGGGAUAAGUUAACUACCCGUUUUGGUAAUAAGGGGGUAGUAGCCAAAAUUGUGCCAGAAGCCGACAUGCCUUUUGACGAAGAAGGGCCCGUUGAUAUAAUUUUCAAUCCGUUAGGCAUUCCUACCCGAAUGAAUAUCGGACAAUUAUUAGAAACCGUUUUAGCCUCCGCGGCCAAAAAAACCGGCAGCAAACUGCUUUGCCGUCCUUUCAAUUCUCCUUCUCCCGAAGCCAUCAAAGAAAUUAUCCAAGAAGCCGGUCUGGAAAAUUGUGGAGCCAAAAAAUUAUUUGACGGCCAAACUGGUUUACCUUUUGACCAAGAUAUUUACAAUGGUUACAUUUAUACCAUUAAACUAAACCAUAUGGUGGCCGAUAAAUUCCACGCCCGGAAUGUGGGUCCUUAUUCACUUAUCUAUCAGCAGCCGGCCAAGGGGCGGUCCCAAAAUGGUGGUCAAAGAUUUGGAGGAAUGGAAGUCGAUUGUGCAUUAUCCCAUGGAGCAUCCUAUAACAUUAGCGAAAUAUACGGCCCUAAAUCGGACGAUAUUGCCAAACGAAAUUUAUUCCAAAACUCCUUAGUAUUUGAUGACCGUCAAAUUGACUUGCGCAGUAAUAAUUGCGAAUCUUUCAACCUCUCCCUUCAAGGUUUACGGGGUUCGGGUUUUGACAUACGAGCCUUUGACCAUCAAGGUCGGGAAAUUGACUUUUACGAAGCAUUCAGCCGCAAAUCACCUAAAAAAUAA